AUGGCGCCGGAAAACGGCCCCUUGCCUCUUUCCUCCUUGCUCCUCCUUCUCGCGCUCUUCUUUGGACAGCUGUCAUUCCUUUCCGCUCAGAUCACCAUUCCGGUCGCGCGACAGCCCUUCCCUCCUCACCACAGCGCAUCGCAGAGCGCCGCCAAAGCGGCCUACUUCAGCAGCUUCGUGGAGGGAGGGUCCGCCAGCACAGCCGUCCCCCUUUCGGGGGGAAACCUUCCCCUGGGCCUGUUCCUGGUAAACGUAUCACUGGGCACCCCCCCGGUAGAUGUCCCGGUCAUCAUUGACACCGGGAGUAGUCUAUGUUUCGUUCAGGGGCCAGACUGCACCUCCUGCCCGGGGCCAAGCGUGUGCCAGAACAGCCCCUUUUCGGGGGGGUCGAGCUGCCCGUACGCGGGGCCGACAUACGACCCCCUGGUUUCGAGUACGGCGGUCACCGACCCCCCAUGUGGGCGGUGCGCGGCGCCUGGGGGGAUAGGAGAUACGGGCUGUCUGGGAAGGGGCUAUUCGGAGAACGGCACGUGUCAGUUUGAGAUCGGGUUUGGGAGCGGCAACGCGGCAGGAAAGUACGUUCAGGAUACGGUGUCGGUAGGUGGGGUCUCCUCCGGGGAAGCCCGCAUAUUUCUCGGAACGACAACUUUCCAGGCGGGCUUUGAGCAAGGCGCGGCCGGUCUGUUUGGGUUUGGGCCCACAGCCACGUCGUUGCCAUUCCAGCUAAAGGAGGCGGGCGCUCUGCCUUCCUCCACUUUCGCUCUCUGCCUCGCCUCCGGCCACAGCACCGGGGGCACGCUCUUUCUCGGGGGGGUCCCCACCCAGCCGGACGGUAGCCCCUACGCCGUAACCUACACGGGCCCCCUGCUGCAAAACCCGUCGGUCGAAUUCGCCAUCCCGAGUGCGACGGACGUUCUGGUGAACGGAGUUCCGGUGCCCGGGGCGGCAGCGAAAAUGGAGCGGGAUGCGGAGAGGGGUUCCAAGUGGAUCGUGGACUCAGGCACUACGCUCACGUUUCUUGAAACACCAAUUUACAACAGUUUGUUCGGCGCCAUCCAGCUGGCCACCGGGUGCCUCCACUCCGUCUCUCUCGGCGGUUUAGACUACGUUGAUCUCACGACGUGUAACCCACCUUUCCUGACGUUUUCGGACGGGGAGAUUUCUGCGCGCUUCCCGACGCUCACGCUCCAGCUGCAAGGCACGCAAGCGAUCGCGCGGCCGGCGUCGUAUACCUCCCGGUCCCAAAACGCUAUGGGGCCGUUCGUUCACCCGGGGAUCGCCAAUGGGGGCGAAGGCAAUGGAACAUGGGUCAUUGGUGACAGCUUCCUCACGGAUAACCUGGUACGGUGA